CGGAGGUGGCAGGAGCGCGGCACUGCCCGGGGCUGCCGCCAGACAUCGGUGCAGGUCCUGGCAGUGGUGCCAGCAUGGCUGAGCAGGAGCCAGCCACAGGCUGUCCAGGGGGCAAGCAGCGGCUGCCAGCUUUCACCUGGGAGGUGAGGGCCAACGACCGCAGCUACCACAGGCAGUUCAAGAAGAAAUUUGCCUUCUGCCUGAGCAAGAGGAAAUACUCGGGCAAUGCCAUCAGGACAGCCAAGUACAACGUGCUCACCUUCCUGCCCCUGAACCUCUACGAGCAGUUCCACCGCAUGGCCAACGUCUACUUCGUCUUUGUCAUCCUCCUGCAGACUUUCCCUGAGAUCUCCACGCUGCCCUGGUACACUCUGCUGUUCCCCCUGAGCUGCCUUCUCCUCAUCCGGGGGCUGCGAGACCUCAUCGAUGACAUCGGCCGGCACCGGAGCGACAGGAGCAUCAACAGCAGGCCCUGUGAAAUCCUGGCUGGGAGCAGCUUCCGCUGGCAGAAGUGGCGCGACAUCUGCGUGGGGGACAUCGUCCGGCUGCGCAAGGACAGCGUCGUCCCGGCUGACCUGCUCCUGCUGUGCAGCUCUGAGCCCAGCAGCCUGUGCUAUGUGGAGACCGCUGACAUUGAUGGGGAAACAAACCUGAAGUUCAGACAGGCCCUUCUGGUCACCCACCAGGAGCUGGGGAGCGAGGAGAGCAUGGCUGCCUUUGAUGGGCAAGUGACAUGCGAGGAGCCCAACAGCCGCCUGCACAGCUUCACGGGCACCCUGCGCUGGCAGGGCCGCAGCCACGGCCUGGACAGCGAGCGCAUCCUGCUGCGGGGCUGCCGCGUGCGCAACACCGCCCUGUGCUACGGCCUGGUGCUCUACGCAGGGUUGGAUUCUAAAAUUAUGAGGAACUCUGGAAAGAUCAAGCAGAAGAAAACCAAGCUGGACCAUCUGAUGGACCGACUGGUGGUUGUGAUCUUCCUGCUGCUGUUGGGGACGUGCCUGGGCCUCGCUGUGGCCUCUGGGUUCUGGGCCAGGACGUUCCAGGAGAAGCACAGCUACCUGGCUGCCCUCUACGAGCACACGAGCCCUGCCCAGCAGGCCUUCCUCAACUUCUGGGGUUUCACCAUCCUCCUGAGCAUCAUCAUCCCCAUGUCCAUGUACAUAACGCUUGAAUUUAUCUACCUGGUGAACAGUUGUUUUAUUAACUGGGAUCUGGAGAUGUAUUAUGGUGCCAAGGACAUUCCAGCUGAGGCCAGGAGCACCAGCCUCACCGACCAGCUGGGGCAGAUCGAGUUCAUCUUCUCAGACAAGACGGGCACCCUGACACAGAACAUCAUGAGCUUCAAGAAAUGCUGCAUCAACGGGACCAUCUAUGGUCCAGGCACAGGCCAUGAGAACAAAGAGCCACCGGGCUUGGGGCUGAGCCGGGAGCACCCCGGGGAGCAGAAGUUGGAUGUCUGUGAUGUGACACUGCUGGAAGCUGCCCAGAGGGACAAUGACCCGGUGCUGAGGGAGUUCCUGAGGCUGCUGGCCCUCUGCCACACCGUCAUGGUGGAGGACAGGGGCGACCAGCUGGUUUACCAGGCAGCCUCCCCAGAUGAGGAAGCGCUGGUGUUGGCAGCCAAGAACUUGGGCUACGUGUUCCUGGCCCGGACACAGGACACCAUCACCAUCAGGGAGCUGGGCAGGACCAGGACCUACGAGGUGCUGGCCAUGCUGGACUUCAACAGUGACCGCAAGAGGAUGUCUGUGCUGGUGCGAGACCCCCAGGGCACCAUCCGGCUCUACACCAAGGGUGCUGACUCCGUCAUCCUGGAGAGGCUGCAGAGGCGAGGGCACAACGAGAGCCUGACCGAGAGGGCGCUGGAUCGCUUUGCAGAGGAGACGCUGAGGACGCUGUGCGUGGCCAGCAGGGAGGUGAGCGAGGCCGAGUUCCACGCCUGGAGCCAGAGGCACCGCGAGGCUGCGGUGCUGCUGCAGGACCGUGCCCAGGAGCUGGACAGGCUCUACGAGGAGAUGGAGCAGAACCUGCAGCUGCUCGGGGCCACGGCCAUCGAGGACAAGCUGCAAGAUGGAGUCCCUGAGACCAUCCAGCUGCUAAAACUGGGCAACAUCAAAGUGUGGGUGCUGACAGGAGACAAACAAGAGACGGCGAUGAACAUCGGCUACGCCUGCAGGCUGCUGACGGACGACAUGGAGAUCCUGGAGGAGAAGGAGGUCAGCGAGAUCCUCCAGGCUUACUGGGAGAGCAACAACAACCUCAGUGGCAGUGGGGACGCCCCGUGCAGCCGCCGCCUCUCCCAGCAGUGCCCAGAGGCUCCGUGCCACAAGAGAGCCAUCAUCAUCAGCGGGGACUUCUUGGACAAAAUGCUCCAGACAGGAGAGGUGCGGAAGGAGAAGAAGGGGUGGCCGUGGCGGUGGCUGUGCUGUGAUGGGACCGAGACCUCGCAGGACCAGGCAGGGCUGGUGGAGAAGGCCUUUGUGGACCUGGCCAGCAGCUGCCAGGCUGUGAUCUGCUGCAGGGUGACCCCCAAGCAGAAAGCCCUGAUGGUGCAGCUGGUGAAGAAGCACAAGAAGGCUGUCACCUUGGCCAUUGGGGACGGGGCCAACGAUGUCAACAUGAUCAAAACUGCAGAUAUUGGGGUGGGCAUCAGCGGGCUGGAGGGGCUGCAGGCCGUGCAGUGCAGUGACUACGCCCUGGCCCAGUUCUCCUUCCUGCAGCGCCUGCUGCUCGUCCACGGCCGCUGGAAUUACCUGCGCAUCUGCAAGUUCCUCCGCUGCUUCUUCUACAAGACCUUUGCUGGCCUCCUGACCCAGGUGUGGUUCGCUUUCCACAGCGGAUUCACGGCCCAGCCUCUGUAUGAGGGCUGGUUCCUUGCACUCUACAAUAUUUUCUACACUGCCUACCCUGUGCUGUCCGUGGGCCUUUUGGAGCAGCAGGACGUGAGUGCCAAGAAGAGCCUGGAGUUCCCUGAGCUCUACAUGGUCGGGCAGCAGGACGAGCUCUUCAAUUACCGUGUCUUUGGUGUCACCCUCCUGCACGGGGUGGGCACCUCCCUCAUCAGCUUCUACAUCACACUCUGGGCCUUUGAGGACCAUGUUGGCACCAAGGCCGUGGGCGACUACGAGUCCUUCUCUGUCACAGUGGCCCUGUCAGCCCUGCUGUCGGUCCUCAUGGAGAUUGUCCUGGACACUCAGUACUGGACAGUGUUGUCCUUCGUGAUGGUCACAGCCAGCCUUCUCCUCUUCUGCCUCUUCUCCUUCCUGACCCAAAGCAUUGAUGCCUUCAGGAUAGCCCCUGCCAUCUUCCGCUUCCCAGAUGCCAGCUGGAAUGCCCUGACUGACCCCUAUGUCCUGCUCGUGGUCCUGCUGUCCCUGGUGGUCAACACCCUCCCCUCGCUCACUGCCCACGCCUUCCGAGCCACCCUGGGCAGAGCCACCACCCAGCAGAAGAUCCACCUGAAGGCCAAGCGGGACCCGGAGCCCUCGGUGGAGCUGCGAUCCCACAUCCCCCGCGGCUCCUUCUGCCGCCGCUCCAGCUACGCCUUCUCCCACCAGGAGGGCUACGCCGGGCUCAUCACCCGCGGGGACAGUCUGCGAGCCAGGGCCACCCCCGGCACCGCCCCGGCUGUGUCACCCCUGUGCCCCACGGGGACCCCGGCUCCUGGGCGCUCCUGCUGCGGGUGCUGA